AUGGGUGGAAAGCCUUCAGGCAGGGCAGGACGGCUGACUUUGGAAAGCCUCCCUCCCUCCCUUGCGGAGGGUGCUGGCUGCGGUGGCUGUGGCCUCGCUGGGCGGGCGUGUGGCCUCUCUUCCCUGGCCACGAGCAGGGAGUCGUGGCUGCCUGCCCUCUGUGUCUCAGGGGCAGCGGGGUUGGGUCGCUAUUGUUGGCCGAUCCCCGCCAGCCCGUUCUGCAUUCCUCACUGUGUCUCACGGGGCUGCAGCGACGAUGACCACUCAGGGGGCUCCCAGGCAGGAGGCUGGUCUCCCGGACUUCAGAACCGCCGCUCAGCAGGGCCCUGCUCCCCCCGAGCCCGCAGCGGGGCUCCUUGCAGCUUCCGGUGCUGCGGACAGCCUUCCGGGUCCUCGGCCCAAUCCCUGCCUCUGCCUGCACACGGUCCCUCUCUGCGCCUUGCCCCCUUCUCAUCAGGGCACCAGUCCCCCUGGGUGAGGAGCCCAGCCUGCUCCGGGGUGACCCCCUCUAACCUAGUCACGACAAGGUCAGGCUCACCGGUGCUGGGAGGGAGGCUUGCCAAGCCCAGACCCCGGUCCAGUGCCCUCCACAGGCGGUGGCUGCAGGCCGGGCCCCCAGGACUGGCGGCCUGCCGCGGGACUCAGGCUGGGCCAGUGUGCGUGAGGAGAGGGCGGCAGAUGACAGAGGUGCUGUGUGCUUCCUCCCGGUGCUCCCGGCACCCUAAUCACAGCCGUCACCAGUGCCCCUCUGUGCUACUUCCGGUCCUGAACCUGCCGGCUCCUCUGCCAACCCACGGCGAGUUCUGCUGCAGUCCUGAGAGUGGCAUAUUGUCACCCGACUUGAAUGCCCAGUGGACGCAGUAUUUUCUACUGAGAUGA